UGGGUGUGACAGAGGUGUAACCCUGAUUAUGCAUGCAUCAGUGAACAUACCAUACAAUACUUAUUUGCCACAUCACACUGUAUAAGCAAUAUUGUCUGAUGGUUACAAUGCAUAGUUGUCAUAUUUAAUUAUUCUUUGAUUUUAGGAAAAAGCCCUGAAGGAUCUCCAAUCAUCAUCAUGCCUAUUCCUGCUGUGGAGUAUCUGAGUGAUGAGAAAAAGAAAGAGUUAGCGCAAAUUGCCAAAUCUAUAGUAGCCAAUGGAAAGGGAAUUUUAGCUGCUGAUGAGAGCACAGGCACAAUCGGAAAACGUUUUGCAUCUAUUGAUGUUGAAAAUAUUGAAGAAAAUCGUCGUCUGUAUCGUCAACUGUUGUUCAGUGCAGACAAAAGCCUUGCUAAUUAUAUCGGAGGUGUGAUCCUAUUUCAUGAGACGUUCUACCACAAGGCUGAUGAUGGCACUCCAUUUGUGGAUAUUCUGAAGAAACUUGGAAUUGCUCCUGGUAUCAAGGUUGACAAAGGUGUGGUACCUCUUGCCGGGUGCCAUAAUGGAGAGGGCACAACUCAAGGUCUAGAUGGGUUAUCUGAUAGGUGUGCUGAGUACAAGAAAGGUGGUGCACAAUUUGCUAAGUGGCGUUGUGUUUUGAAGAUUUCAGACAACACUCCAUCUGAGGUUGCUAUGAAGGAGAACGCAAACGUUCUUGCACGUUAUGCUAGUAUUUGCCAACAGAAUGGUCUUGUGCCCAUUGUUGAACCGGAAGUGCUAACAGAUGGUGAUCAUGAUUUGAAGAGGUCACAAAAAGUCACUGAACAGGUACUUGCUGCCACCUACAAAGCUCUAAGUGACCACCAUGUCUACCUUGAGGGCACCCUUCUGAAGCCUAAUAUGGUUUUGCCUGGCUCAUCAUGUCCAACAAAGUAUUCAGCUCAAGAUUGUGCUGUGGCCACUGUACAAGCCCUGCAGCGCUGUGUACCGGUUGCAGUACCAGGAAUCACAUUCUUGUCAGGUGGUCAGUCAGAGGAAGAUGCCUCCGUUCAUUUAGAUGCUAUGAACAAGCUGCCGGGAAAUAAGCCGUGGGCAAUUUCCUUCUCAUACGGUCGUGCUUUGCAAGCUAGCGUUCUCAAAGCAUGGCAGGGUAAAGCUGAAAAUGUUGCCAGAGCUCAGGAGGAACUCAUAAAGAGGGCAAAGGCUAACAGUGAAGCAGCUCAAGGGAAGUAUGCUGGUGGUGUCAAAGGCUUCAGCUCAGACGAAUCAUCCUUUAUUGCUGGCUAUGUCUACUAAGCUUAGCUGAACAAGAUCAUCAGCAUACAGUAUGACCCAAACAUUAAACUAGUAAUUUGACCUGUUCUUUGAAUGUAACAAAAUUAGACAUAUCUACUAACUGGUGGUGAAAUUAUGAUAUAAUUAUAAAUUAUUUGAGUAGAAACAUAGGUUUCCUUGCCUUCUUGUGACAGCCUCUUAGAUGGGGAGUUUUUCAAUUGGUCCCUUCAGCUAGCAGUGGUUUGCUCAAUCAAAGUCUUUAUCAUCCAGUAAAAUUAGCCCUGAAAUUAUGAAAUGCCACUUUCCUCAAAGUCGUUAGUAUCCAAUACAAAUAAGCCUUGCAAUAAUUGUAUUGCUACUAUUUUCAGAAAAUGAAAUAAAUAAUGUGAUAGCUGCUUGCUGAUGUAUAAGAAUUGUUAUUCUCAAAACACCCCUAUACCACGAUCAUGUUUCCUUCAAUAAAAUUCAAGAAUAAAAAAUGUGAAUCAGUGAUAGCCUAUAGUUAAUAACAGUUUUGAAUUUUGUUUGCAGGUAAAUAUACAUUUUAUUAACAACCUCUAGUGACUGAAAAAUGUGUUUUUUAUAAUACAGUAGUUUUUACACCAAGGUUUCUUUUGGAUGUUGCAAUGUAUCAAAUAUUAAUCCCACUCCCAUUAAGAAUUGGACUAGCUAGUUUAACUAACUGACAUCUAGAUAUAUAUUAUGUUAAUAUUAAAUUAUAGUAUUUUUUAAUUCAUUCCUAGAAACCAAGAAUAGAGCCUGAAAUUCCCAAGAAAUGUAGUACUGUAUUUAAAUUGAAAAGAAAUGUAUCCUGAUAAUGUGCUUUGUUAUAUCUCUAAAUGAAAACAACAAAAAUAGAACAAAAAAUAGAAAUCUUUAUGUUUAAAAAUUAUCAAAAGCAGUUUAAGAGAGAACAGUUACAUAUUUGAAAUUAGUGGAAAGUAAAAUGUAGUUAAUUCAGUCAAUUGAUAGUUGUGUCAGUCAAUGGGAAGUUGUUCAAUAAAAUUAAAGAGUCUGAAAUUUAUA